GCUGGUGACUCCUGCAUUUUCAUUGGUUAACGCUGUGUAAAUCAAAUCCGGCGCUGAGGUGUAGUUGGUUUCUUUCUUUUCAGUGUCGCUGUAUUCGGUGAAUGCGACGCGAUGCAUAAAGAGAUUGAGAAGCGGGUACUAAAUGCCUUUAGCAUUCCUCUCCGUUUAAUAUUAGCGUUUGCUCCACAGCGACGGUUAAGUCAGUUUUUCUCAGUGUUUUUUUUUUCUUCGAUUAUUAUGAGAUUGAACAUCUCCACCGGAGUUUUCAGACUGAAUUACAUUGCCAAAACGAACAGACUCUGAUGUUUUUUAAAUGUUUUUUGUGUGUUUUUCAAGCGAAAACGUGUGCGUCUGGGUUUACUCCUUCACUUGAAAAAAUAGAUCUAGCGGAUGGACGCAUAUUGAGGUCAAAAUGUGAACUGUCGGAGCUUCAACAUCUGGCGAGAGAAGGAUGUGUCUGAAUCUGAGCGAAUAAUGAUGUGAACGAUGCCGCAUCAUUUUAUUCAAAUAAACCGCAGGGGAUAAUCAAGGGUCUGCCUCCAUGCUGAGAUGUGUGCUAGUGACCUGUCCCAUAGGCUGAGCUUGCUCUUUACCAUGUAACUGCAAAAAAAAAAAAAGAAUGCUUUAUUCCUCCACUAGUCCACCUGUGGCCUCAGGGGAACCUAGCGCCACCCUGCACCCCACGCCCAAGGUGCUAACCCAGCCAGCGGGUACAAGAGCCAUGGAGAACUCCUCCGCUAAAGUCAACAGCUCACUAGAGUUCCAGACUCUAUCAGAAUACAUAACGCCUUCAGCUGUAUGGCAGGACCCUGAUCAGGGCCUGAACCUGCCCCUCCAGGUGUUCUUUUGCCUGGUCAUCAUCUGCGUGCUGCUGCUCGCCUUCCUCGGAAACAUGGUGGUCUGCCUCAUGGUUUACCAGAGAGCCGCUAUGCGUUCUGCUAUUAACAUCUUGCUGGCCAGUCUCGCCUUUGCUGAUAUGAUGCUAGCAGUCCUCAACAUGCCCUUUGCGCUAGUCACCAUAUUGACCACACGCUGGAUCUUCGGAGAGGUGUUUUGCCGCGUGUCGGCCAUGUUCUUCUGGAUGUUCCUGAUGGAGGGAGUGGCUAUUUUGAUGAUCAUCAGUGUGGACCGCUUCCUAAUUAUUGUGCAAAAGCAGGACAAACUUAGUCCACGCAGGGCCAAAGUGUUAAUUGGGGUUUCAUGGUCUCUAUCUUUGUGCUUUUCUUUCCCACUUUCCAUUGGCCAUCCUGCUCUGUACAUUCCCCCCAGAGCACCACAGUGUGUUUUCAGCUACACGGUGGAGCGUGGUUAUCAUGCUUACGUGAUGCUCAUUAUGCUAAUGUUCUUCUUUGUACCAUUCCUGGUGAUGCUCUACACUUUCAUGGGCAUCUUGAGUACUCUCCGCCACAACGCGCUGCGCAUCCACUCCCACCCCGACUCGGUCUGCCUCAGCCAAGCCAGCAAGCUGGGUCUGAUGAGUCUGCAGAGGCCCUUUCAGAUGAACGUUGACAUGAGCUUCAAAACACGUGCCUUCACCACGAUCCUCAUUCUGUUCUCAGUCUUCACCGCAUGCUGGGCUCCGUUUGCCACCUACAGCCUUCUGUCCACCUUCAGUCGUGCAUUCUACUACCGGCAGAACUUUUUUGAGAUCAGCACGUGGCUGCUGUGGAUCUGCUACCUCAAAUCAGCCCUGAAUCCUCUCAUCUAUUACUGGAGAAUCAAGAAGUUCCGUGAUGCCUGCCUUGACCUGAUGCCCAAGUACUUCAAGUUCCUACCGCAGCUGCCUGGCCACACUAAGAGACGUAUCCGCCCCAGUGCUGUUUAUGUGUGCGGGGAGCAUCGCUCUGUGGUGUAGUGGAGGACAUUUCUGAAGCCUCUUGAAUUUCUUUGUAUUUCUUAUGGAACAGUCUUAUCAAGCUGUGAUAUGUUUGGUCUUUCUUCAAACGGCAGGAUGUUUUAGCUGUAAAAGAUGAAACAGAUGAGAAGGUUUACAGAGCCUGUACAUUAAAUUGCACAAUGUUUUUUAUUUACAUUUUUUUAGAUCUUAAUAAAAGUUUGUUCAGUACAUAUCAGUAAGGUGCUGCUAUAUUUGGUGAAAAUGUGCAAUCUUCUGUUUUAAGCCAUGAAUGUA